GCCCUCUUGUCUAGGGGGUCUUUUCCAAAUAUUGCAAGGUUCAUGCACUGUUCCCAGUAGUGGGAAUAGUGCAUGUAACUUCUUUACAAGAACUGUAGCGGUAACUUCUGUGUAUGCUGAUUUCGAACAGCCGUCACAAAAUCGAUUAGCAUGGAAACCUUUCAUCCUCACACGAAACCAUUACAACUCUGAGCACGCAAUGGGAAAUCAUUCAGGCAUGGUACGGCAUAUAGGAAACCCACAGUGAAUGUCUCCAGGAAAAACAAUUUUUUUUUUGGCUUUGACGGUCGAGCCAACACAACUUUAUGUACUUCACUUCAGAGUGCGGAGGCCGUGACCGCAACAACUCACGCGGAUAUCCUAGUGCAAACUGCACAAAAUUUUAAGAGACGCAUUCUCGAUCUCGUGCACUUUGCUUGCGGAAUCCAAGAGGAAGAUAUCGACAUGGGUACAUCGGUGUUUGGACCAGGCUUAUGGAUUUUCAUUUGUCGGCAAUAUUCGUGUCCACUGACGUAGCAAGUUUGCCCUCGCCUCUGCGUGGUCACCAUUUUGUUUUCGAAAUCGAUACUGAACUUGACCAUCACUCAGAUGCCCACCACCGCGAACGGCGCAGAAGUGGCCGGGGCGAGGCUUUGGACACAUGGGACUGCGACAACGUGACCGUGGUCCCAAACGACAUACGCACCUCCUUCCCCUUAAACGAGUUCUACCAGAAGUACAUGCAUGCCUACGGUAUCCCUAUCUUGUCCUCCAAUAUCUCGCAGGACGUCUCGCUGAUGCGCGCCUGCUACGUGGUCCGCUUCCUUCUAGCGGACCGCAAGGACUUGCGUGACGCUAUGUACGAUCGGUACGGCCGGGUGGCCGUCAUCGCCAAGACAGAGCGCACGACCCAGAUACCGGAACACAGUUACCUGAACAGCAACCUGUGGGACAGUCGUGCACGAGGGCUGGGCGGCUUCCCACAGGUACCCGUCACCACGAACGCAGAGGAGAACCUUCUGUGCGAGGAUAUAGCGUCAGAUCCUUGGUUUGAAGAGGAUGUCCUCGUGCACGAGUUCGCUCACGCCAUACACCUCAUCUCCUUGGAUAGAGCCGACCCGUCCUUCGAUGCGAGGCUGCAGACCAUCUACAAUAUGGCCAAGGCGGAAAAUCUGUGGCGUGAUACAUACGCCAUCGUGAAAAGGACCGAAUAUUUCGCAGAAGGGGUACAGGGAUUCUUCAACGUCCAGACGUGUAGUAGCUUCGUCGAUGGCGUUCACAACCACGUCUGCACCAGGGAAGCAUUGAGAGGCUACGACAGCAGACUAUACAACCUUAUUACGGAAGUCUUUCCCUGUAUGAACACAAUAGUAGACCGCUGUAAUUCAACUCAGAGUCUGGCAGCAAAUCAAGAGCUCCGCAUGAAUUGUGAGAUUGUCACCACUACAACCACCACCGCAGAGGGUCCAACCACCACCCCCACCGACCUUACUACCACGGCCGCUACCACGGUGCUUACCACCAGUGUUGCCUCCACCACUACACCCCGUACGACCUCGGUCCCCCUUACGACCUCAGCCCCCUUUACGACCUCGGUCCCCCUUACGACCUCAGCUCCCUUUACGACCUCGGUCCCCCUUACGACCUCAGCUCCCUUUACGACCUCGGUCCCCCUUACGACCUCAGCUCCCUUUACAACUUUGUUCACAGACACCACCACGGAUAGCGGAGCAACAGAGAAUUUUACGGGCAGUGUGAGUGUAACUACUCAACUGAGCUCUACUAGUCACGCAACAACUGCGCCAGAUAAGUUCUGUGAGGAGGGCACAACUUUCGACAUCGAUGCUGGCGUCCUGACCUGGCCUGUGACUGCUGCUGGUACGAGGAGCCAAUCCAUUGAGGUGUGCGCCCUCGAAACUCAAAAGGCGGGUUCACCGAUUGCGCUGCGAAACUGCUCCACUGUGGUCGGGUCACUCCUUCACCCCGAGUGGGAAGAGCAGUGGGAGAUUCAGGACUGCGGGACCUCAAAGGAUCGAAAUGACAUCAGUGUGAAGGAUCUUACAAAUGUCACAGUCAGCACUGGCAAUGCUGUAGAGGUUGCCCAGUUUCUGGCCAAUCUGACCGGCAACUUUAAAAGAGCGAGAGUAAGGCCUAUCCUUGGCGAUGUAUCCGAAGUUUUUCAGAAUAUCAUCGCAGCAGAAUCGGGAGAUGCAAAGGUUACAGAGGCCAUGUCGAAGACGGUUGACGACGUCGUCAUCGGCUUGUCAUCUGGACAACUCAAGGGGGGAGACGAUCCAAAGAGUCGUUCUAUCAUCGUGGAGUCAUUCCAGGCGCAGGUUGCGCGGACUCUACGCCAGGCGGGCAAUGUCAGCCUGCGGCAGGAGUCGGUGCAGGUGGAGGCGGUCAGCAUCAGCCGCUCGGAGGCCGUGAUGAGCGGGCUCAGCUUUGCCUCCGUGCGGCCUGGUGGGACGGGAGGAGCCUCAGCCACCGAAAAGGUUCCACUCAACGAGACUAGGAUCCAGACUUUUCUAGGCCAAAACGGGUCGGCGAAUGGAGUGGUAUCCGUCCAGCUUCCGGGAAGUGAGCUGGACCAGGCACACGAUGGUGGAAACUCGGGCCAGCUUCGCGCAAGUUUUAUCGUGUACGGGGAUGAUACCCUGUUCCCCUCGGCCAGGACAGCGGGAACGCAGAAUGCAGGUCCCACGGUGGGAGGGUUCGUCAUUGCUGUGACUCUACAGGACCUGGUCUUGCGAGACCUGGCCAACCCGGCCGUCAUUCAGUUCAAGGCCCCUAGUAAUGGGGAUACAAAGACAAUGAAGCAAACAAGGUGCGUCUUUUGGGAUUUCACCCUUCGGAAUGGCACUGGAGACUGGUCAGAGGAGGGAUGCGCCCUCAAUGAAGCGACCAAUGACGUCAUAGAGUGCCACUGUGACCACUUAACUAACUUUGCCAUUUUGAUUGAAGAAGUCAUCGGUUCUUCGCAAGCGCUGCACGUCAGCAGUCAAAUUGGCUGCGCCCUGUGCAUCGCAUUCCUCGCCAUAACUUUGCUUGCUUCUCUGUGCUUAGAUAACAGCAAGGGGAGCCAGAAAGGAAGCACCUCUCGUCUCUUGUUCUAUCAGCUUUGCGUCUCGCUGCUCGUCCUGUACGUAGUGUUUCUGGCGGGCGUCGAUGGUGCAAAGGGUUCAAACGGGGGUUGUAUGUUUGUCGCUGCGUUUCUCCACUAUUUGGUUUUGGUCGUGACGGUGAUGAUGGUCAUUUAUGCGGUGGAUCUGUACUUGGCAACGUCUAAGAAGAUCCCACGCGACAAUGCACCGAAAUUCCAUACAACUUAUGCUGUCUUGGUGGCUUGCGGUUUUCCCAUGAUUGUUAUUGCAAUCACUGUACCCUCUGCAAUGGAGUACUAUAAGAUUAACAGUGAUGUCAUGAACAGCGGCCCAACAUAUUGUUUUCUCAAGCCAGGGCUGGCCAUGUACCUGGGCCUUCUGCUUCCCGUCUGUAUCUUCCUGGCCCUCAAUGCUACUGUCUUCCUCUUGGUGUGGCGCCGGCUGCCUCGUGCCGAUAAGAGGCUUCACUCCGCCCAAACCUCUCAGCGCCUUCAGGAAGCUGUGGGAAUCUCGCUUCUGACCUUCUUGACUUGGCUGUUCGGCAUACUGGCCAUUACUUCUGCGGCUAUCGCUUACGACAUCGUGUUCCUUAUCGCCUCCACUCUACAGGGUUUGUUUGUGUUCAUCAUGUUCUGCAUUCGACGUAAGGAGGUGCGAGCAGCCAUCUCAACUCACCUGAGAUGCUCUUGCUUGAAAGGAAGUAAUCAGAAGCAAAAGUACGAGCUAGGACAGAAGAAUGUUCAACUCGACACUAAACUCAGUAUGUGAAAGACCGCUAACAUCGAGCUCCUUGCUCCAUAACAGAGGCGAAUCCAGUUCUUGGGAGGGGGAUGGGAAAUUGUAACUAAAAAUGGCUAUCCAAAAGAAAACACUGUUUAUUACCCCUUCCCAACAAGAAAGGUAGUAGGACUAUUUUUGAAAUGCUGACGCACUCAGUCCCGUUUCCCCCAACCGAGAUGGCUUCAAACAUGUCAUACCGGUAUGUCUCGUGUUCACAGGGCUGCCAUCUCAAAUCGUGAGUCGUGAUAUGUGAAAUCUCGUGGAGAUGAUUUCUUUUAGACGAGACAGCACAGUUUUUGAACUCCAACGAUACUUUGUAUUUAGAACGGGAGUUAAUAUUGUUAUGUUUUG